AUGGGUGAAUAUCGUCACGGCCGCAAUCCUAGAUACGGCAAGAUGCGCUCCAUUCUCGUCAUCAACCCAAACUCGACAGUGUCCAUGACCGAUGGCCUCAAGCCUCUGGUCGAUGCUCUGCAAUUUACAGAUACAACACACGAUUACUUCACCGCUCCCGAUGGCGUGAAGAGCAUCAACAACGAAGAAGACGCGUACGAGUCAGUCAAGCACUGCCUACCCACCCUGCGACCGCUCCUCGACCGCUAUGAUGCAUUCCUUGUUGCAUGCUACUCGCAACACCCGCUCGUGCCGUUGCUGAAACAGGAGCCAGCUGUCAAGAAUGGGCGUAAACCUGUCACCGGCAUAUUCGAGGCAAGCGUAGGCACGAGUCUACAGUCGAUACACGAAGAGGAGAAGUUUGGCAUCGUAAGCACAGGCAAGGUCUGGGAGGAUAUCCUCACAGAGGCCACGGUGCAGUUCCUCGGCACAAGCUCUGAUGGCGGCAAGCGGUUUGCUGGCGUCGAGACAACAGGGCUGAAUGCGACGGAUCUGCAUGAUGCGCCAGCUGAGGAGGUUAGACAGAAGAUGAAGGAUGCCGUUAAGCGGCUGCUGAGGAAGGGCAAGGUGGGUGCAGUUUGUCUGGGCUGCGCUGGCAUGGCUGGUAUGGACGAGAUGGUCAGAGAGGCGUGUAUUGAGGAACUUGGGCAGGAGGAGGGGCAGAGAGUGAGGAUUGUGGAUGGUGUUAUGGCUGGUGUUGCGUGGUUGGAGGGUGCGGUGAGAGCAGGAUUCUAG